CUGGGCUUGUUUUAACUUCAGGCACACUGUGACUGACCCCACUUUAGGUUCCCCCUGACUACAACCAACAUUAAAAACAAAUCAAGUUAUGUGACGGUGAAAAAAUGGUUUAACCCUUUGGCUUAUAAAACAAGCUUUCAAGCGUAAACAUCAGGAUCAUAUCAUGUGCGCCAAGAGGUAAGUGACCAUGCUCAGAGGUUAGCCUCAAACUUUACUGUUUUAGACCGAAUGAUAAAAUAUAUAACAAAUGUAAGAAUGUGACGAGAAAGAAUAUAAGCCAAAACGAAAAAAAAUGCACAGAUUUUUCUGCAUGUCUGCUUAUGGGCAUGGGCAAACGUCAUGUAAACCAUGGUAUAGUUUGUGAUUGACCCUACAAUAACAUGCUAUACUGCCAUUGCCUACACUAUCUAUUUUAAGAGCGUUUGCAACUCUGGAAAUAUUGGUUGUUAUGGUUGUGUGAUAUUAAAUUAAGUUUCUGAUUAAACAAUCAAGUUACAGAGAAAAUGCAAACACUGCAGUUCAUGACCUGUCCACUAGAGGCUGGCUGUAGGACCCUCAAUAGGUCCUUUGUUAAUAUGCCUGUUUUUCUUUCUAAGGUAGAUAGCUCUUUUAUGUGUUCUGUAUGGGGAAACAGUACUGAAUUAUACUGAUUUUUUUGUACGAAACCCACCAAGAUGAUUUCAAGGUUAAGAUUUACACAGAUAUUUUGUACUUGAAGCCUGCCAGACACAGGUGAGUGUGUUGUAGCUGUUUUUUAGGAAGCCAAUAGCCCACCUCCUCACCACAUCUUUGCUUCAUUGUUUAAAAAUUAGAUUGAAUCUGCCUUCCCACCAUGCACCGGCCACUAUUCAGCUUUAAUGUAGGGCUGGACGAUAUGGGAAAAGUUUAUCACAAUAUAUUUUUUCAUAUCUGUUCAUACUGAUAUAUAUGACGAUAUAGAAAAAAUGAAAUUUCACAGUGCUUAUUGGUCACUUGUCUAUUGCAAUACAAUAAGCUACUGCAUCUGUGAGGUCUUUGUGUCUCUUCGAUGUUUUGUUGUCAGGUGUUGUGCUAGAGAAAAUGGACUAAAUUGUUCAGCUGUUUCGGCUGCACAGGCGCCAUGGACUCCUUGCAUUGCGUGUGCUCUGCCAUGUGGCACUGCUCCAGGUAGUGAAAAAGAGUUGAGGUAUUCCCCGACUUUGCGAGAACAUGUACUCAACAUAAUUUGCAGUGCACAUUACUUUGCUUCAUGUCCGACCUCAAAAAAACAAAAUACUUCCACACCACCGAUGUUUUCAUGCCAGUGUUGUUGACAGUGUCAUCAUCUGUUGAGUCUUCAUCUGCGUUUCUGCCGGGGGUAGCACUCAUUUUCUUUUUUCUCACCGACUGCUGUCGGCUUCACGUGUUAAAGUGCUAUGGUUGUGUGUAGCUGCAGCCUGCUACUAUGCAGUUGUUUGCUACUUGGUUCUAAUUCGGCACAUGGUUGGUUCAGAGUGAAGUGGACCAGGAGCAACUCCCCUUUUCAUUGGCUAUUCAUAUAGUCUACCAAAACACGGCAGAACGCUGACUACAGAAAAUGAUAUUGACCAUGUUUUAUGUUUAUAUUGAGGGAAAUUAAUUUUUGAUAUAUAUUGUUAUUGUUUUAUCGCCCAGCCCUACCUUAAAGUUUCACAGACACAAGGUUACAGCCUCAGGUUUAGAUGUAUGUCCACUCUGAGGCCCAUUGAGGACAGUUGCCAACCCAACUUUCUGUCAUCUCCUCAGUUAUGCUUUUUCCCCAGAAAAUAGAUGCGUCAUGGUGACGUCAGCCCUACAAGAGUGCGUAGGGUCAAAAGCUUGAAAUGAAGGGUUUUUAUAUGGGGCUGAAAAUGCAUUUUAAAAGAAACCAAUAAGUUUGAGCUGUGAAUUACGCAAAGCUACUAUGUAGGUGUCCAGAAGACAGUGUUGAGUCUAAAAAUAACCUUUAGAUGGACAUAAAUUCUCUAGCAGGAAAUGUCCGAGGGGGUUAGAAUUGUUUUCAGGGAGACAGUAACAAGUUAUGGUCAAAAAAUACACACAAACCCUCAAAUUAACACCAAAUUCAACCUUACCCUUAAUUGCACAAAACUUAUAUUAUAAAGGUUAUCCUCCCCUGACAUUUUGGACUCUGCUGAACUGUGGCUGAAGAUGUUUUUGAGGCUCUGAAGGUCAGUGUGUGUGUGAAUCUGAAGCCUUGUUUGAAGCGAUCAGACCCCCUGAGGUUUGUGUAUAUCUGGUUGAGAGGGACAUUUAAGGUCUUGCUGUAAAGCAGACAUGUAUCUUUUGGAGUAGAGUUGAAAUAAAAGCUUCUCAGACACUUGUUAGAAGACAGUUGUAUUUUUGAAUGACAGUGAUGAUAAAUCAUGCUGAGUAACAGCCGCGCUUAUCAGCUGUAAAAUAGGCCCUGAUAUUGCUGUGCAAUCACAACAUUUGCAUAUAACUAUCAUGCAACCUUCACUUAAUGACAGUUUUUAUAAUGCUUGCACAAUUUCUGUGCAGAAACAGCCUGUGCAGUAACCUUAAGUACAUAUCUAACAGGAAAAUAUGUCUUUCUUUUGUAUUGCUUAUCUUGUAUGUGUAUUACUGUUGUUACUAUAAAUAUGCCAUCAUUUAUUUCCCUUUUUAUUGCCGCCUGUACUUUUUUCUUUCUCCACAACUUGCCUUUUUUUGUGUGCUACUUAAACAAGUGAAUUUCCCCUGUGAGGUAUCAAUGCAGCUUGAUCUUAUGGGAAAAGCCCGUUAUUUUAUAUGAUUUAACUAAACUGAUGAGACCAGCGAAGAUACGAAGACAAUCUCCCUAAAAUUAACUACUGAAUUCAUUGUCACUAACAAAUAAAUGAUAGCAGAGUCUGGAGUAAAAAUUGAGUUAUGCCAAAAAACACAAACUGCUCAGCUGAAAAUGCAGAAUCGAGUGUUUUCAGCAAUUAUUGGCUGGAAAAAAAAAGCUUGUCAUUUUAAUGUCAGCCCUCAGCAUCCCUUUCUUUUGAUACCAUUAUGACUGUUUUGCCAAAAUGCUGCAGACUAUUAGAGAGAAAAAUGUGCUCGGUUUUUGCCUGCUCACCUGUUUGCACACUGUGGGUGGCUCCAUGUUGGGGGAAGAAAAAGCCACUUCACAGCUUCCUUUUAUUUACAGCCAGUGAUCAUACCUGUCUGUUGCUUGUAAUUAUUGUCAUGCUCCACAAACAGCUUGAAUGCUGUUCGAGGUAGCUGCUCUAUCUAAUGGCAAAUGUAACAUGGGUGAAAGGUGGCCUUUUUAUAUCAUUAUGACAGGUCUGUUGUUACAUUACAUCACUGUCUCCAAUACCUUAACAAAACCUUAUCAGGCAUGCUUCUCUUUUUCCUCCAAUGAUAAGAGCUUCUGUGUUUCAUUCAUGAACAAUUAUCAGUAAAGUCAUUAUCAUCAGGACGCACUUAAUUACAGUGACAUGGAAGUUAUAGAAAGAGAGACGUUAAUCAAAGCAUAUUCAUCAAAUCAGGUCUUGUGAGGGAGAGAAGCACACAGGGCUAGUUCCUACUAAUUAGCAUGGCAAUUAUUGUAAGCUGUCACAGCUCUUAAGCAACAGGGUGGACCAUGUGUGCUCUAGAGCGUAAUCCCUCACAAAUUACAAGAUAAUGGAGGCAAAGAGAGGCCACUGCUCCAAAAGGAACCACAAGAUAGAAUCCCCAGCAGAGACAUUUUAGGGACAGGCAGGGAGAGAGACAGACAGCGAGCGAGCGAGAGAAAGGUAGAGAGGAGAAGUACAGCGUGUAUUCCCUCCACACGGAGCAGUCUGAAUAAGAAUGGCUUCUUUGACUGCUAACUUAAGUGAUUGGAAACAAAAGGGAACAGGUUCACAAAGAUAAAGCCGAAAAUUGAAUCCCUUUUGGAAACUUUUUAUUUCAAGAUGUUCAAGUAUGAAUGCAGUGGAUGUAUCAGCUCACAAUCAUGUGACAAAGGCCCUCUUUUUGGAAAAAAUUUUACUAUUUAGAGCAUAGAAAUGUUUUAUUUUGGUGCUCUUGGAGGAGAAAAAGCACAGAUGCAUCAGUAGAACGUCAGUCAUGGCAGCUAUUUGUCCUUCUGACAGACAUUAACCCACAGACCAAUAAUUUACCUGCACUGAUGCCAAUAGCAGAUGUUUAUCUGUUGUUCUGCAUCACUUUAAUGCUGAGUGCUGACUUCGAGCGGAGGUUUACACUGAAGAAAAUGUCAGCAGUGUGGGCUUCUCUGAGAAAGAUCAGCAACAUGCAGUUUGUGUGACAUGUCCUGGUGACAUAUUAAGAGGUAUUACGAGGAUGUGAUGGGAGGAACUAUGAGCUACAAUUUAAAUACAUUAAAUCUCCUUGACAGCUCAAGGAAUCAGCAAGAAUCAAUGCAAAAACCAUCUGUGUUGGAUAAAGUGGUUAUUUGAGACGUCAUAAUCACCUCCCCAAACAGGCAUGAGGCAGGUUUUCAACCUUGUGCUGCCAUUUAAGUGUAAUUUAAUUCAGCAUGGCAUAAAAUACCGACCCUUUUACACCAUUACAUAAUCAUGUUAUCUGUCUUUUACAUACUUAGAGAAAAACGUGUUAAGCCGUGGUGUAAAUGCAGACAACAAAUUGGAUCUCAGACAGGUGAUGAUCCAUAAAACAAGAAAAAAAAAACUAAUUUGUUCAGCUUUUGUCAGUACUUGCCUGCGCUUCCUGCCUUUUCUGUAUUUCUUCAUUUUGCAGCAGAGAACAUAUACAAUCUAAGGCUGUCUUUACACAGUCUCUCUGGAAACCAAGACCUGAGAAAUGAGAUUCAGUUGAGAGGUAAUAAACAGGUGCCAGACUUCAAUCAUGCAUCCAAGAUGAAGCAACAGGUGCCGUCGAGCAGGAUAAGAUAAGAGGCGGCAGUGUUUUGUGGCGUGUUUAUGAAUCACAGAUGACAAAUAUUGCUCAUUGUGCCUUUAAGUAAACAAAGCCAAAGCUAAGGAGCACCAGUGAAGAAGUCUUCCUAUAAAGAAGUGAAUCGAAAUGAGAAAUCCUGUUGAUAGUAUUGCUUUAAAUGACACCCUGUUAAUUUCAUUUUCUAAUUUAGAUGAAAUGUGGACAAAACUGAGACAUUGAAGCCUCUGAUGCAAAUUUGAAUACGAUACAGAAAUUUGGAUUCCUCCUCCAAACACUUGCAAUCACUCUGUUGUUUUGCAAGCAUCCGUAUGGACUUGUUUUUCUUCUAAAAUCUAAUUUAACUCUUGCUGUUUUGUCAGGCAUGCUUAUUUCUAUGAUAUAUCUUACAGAUGUGAAUAAUUGUGGACUUUCAUCAGAUUUCUGCUGUUGUUGUCACUACUGUUGACUAUCACACUCUCUCUCUGCCUCUUUUGUGCACACUGCAUCUUGUGCAUUAAUCUUUGAGGAUAUGCAAAGCCAAUGAUCCAAAUAGACACAGGAAAUGCAGGGCAGCAAUCAUGUGCAUGUGUAUUUAAGGCAUACCUCAGAGCAGUCACUUUAUUAGACCUAGUAGAUGUAUUUUUUUCUCAGAUGCUAUCAGUUGUAUUGUUUUGUCUUUGAAUGAGCCCCAAGUGGACCAUCAGAUUUAGCUAUAAUACUCGGCUUUGUCGAUGGCACCUGCUCCUGAAGUUUUCCACAUAUUCAGGAGCUCAGAAUACACCAAUCCUAUCCUACUGUCAGAUAUGGAUCAGAUACUGACUCAGAAAGCUAGAUUUGAUAUUGUUGACAAAGGGGCUGUUCUGUGAUUAGAGCAACCAUGUGUGCCUAACAGUCUUUCUGAGAGUCUGUGCAUUUUGGAGGUAUUUUACACCUUUUACACCUGUUUUUAGAGGUGGCAGUUUCCUUGCAAAAUUUAACACAACCAAGCAUCUCAAGAAUCACCGUGCCAAAAAAACCACAAACAAAACAAAAAAGACAGCAGGAGAGCAGCUUGUAGCAUUUUUUAGAUCUAUUGUACAGUUUUUCAGGUGAUGUUUUGGAAAGUGUGAAGAAUAACAGAGAAGGAGCUCAAACUCAUUGUCUGCCACUUGUUGAAAAUGAAAGAUUCUGCUGCUUGGUUGGUCUCCUGGAACCAAUAAGUAUUUUCUGACUCUUCUGUGUUUGAACCCAGGUGUCCAUGCAAGAUGAUGGAAUAUUAAGAGACAAGCAACAGAGUCCUGCACCACUGUUUUGCGUAAUGUUCACGCAGCAUGCACACUUAAUAGUUUCUGUUUAUCGUCUUGAAAAUGAUCUUCCUCCCUAAAACUUGGGUGUCUUUACUCAUCUUGUUACCUGUUGCUCUUGCAGGUUGACACCAUGAGAAUGAUUUAAACUUAAUCACUUGUUAUCUGGCAGGAAAUUUUCCUGGAUGUUUCCUGCUGUGUUCUCAUACCGACUCACAAACUUCACAGGGGGACUGGCAGGAAAAAAUCCAGGUAAAAUCAAGGUGAACAACUGGACUUUAUGUUCACACUAACCCUGAAUAUUUUGAGAAGUCAUAAGAAGUUAUGUUGAUAGCUGUCAAGACCCAACACAUAUCAGUAUGAGAUAUAGUACUUGAAUAUUGCCCUCAUAAAAAUGGUACACUAUGGUGGAUAGAUUACCUGUGGUUUAAGUCUGCUCACCUCUGGUAAUAAAAUUAAAGGAAAUAUCAUGAUGUAAUCUUUGUUUCCUUUUUAAAACCACAACAGCUCAUUCUUUUCAAAGCCAGUGAAAGCCUUUAAUAAACAGCCAGGGGGAAAUGAAAAUAAAUCACCAUUUUGAUGCAUUUGUUUUAAGGAAACACUUUUACAUAAUCUACAUUAGGGAUGGGAAUCGAGAACCGGUUCUUGUUGAGAACUGGUUUUAAAUGGUUCAAUCCAUCGACACCGUUUACAUUUUAUCUUAAUGAAUCCGUUAACGAUUCCUUUCUUCCAGAUGCCUUGAAAAACGGUUUCAUGAGUGCCAGUCUACGUGAACGAGAACAGACUUUGAGGAAAUAAACAUGGCGGACAGUACGAAAAGUAAGCAGAAACGAUAUAAAGCGUGGCUCAAAAUUUUGCGCAUGACUCCGCCCCUCGUAGUAGUGUCCUCUCUUUGUUUUUUUUUUAUACUUUAUUAGGUCCAUAACAUAUAGCAAUACAAUUCAAUUGCCAUUUCAUCAGUGUUUCUUUUUCAUCAUUUAUAUCACUGUUUUACAGACAUUUUGACCCUUCUUUUUUUUUUCUCUUUUCCCCUUUUUUUUGUGCACACAGAAACAAACUCAAACAGAAAAGUGAAACAAGACAUUUCUACACAAAAAACAGGAAAAUAAAUAAAAUAGAAGAAAAAAAAUAUAUAUAAAUUAAUUAAUAAAAAAAAAAAAAGGCUUUGCUGGGUUUGUUUCAGCAAUUGCUGAAGUGUCCUCUCUUUGGGGAUCCAGAAUAUGGUCACCCUAAUUUGACUUAAUACCUACCAAAUUAAAUGCUGUAAAAAUAGUUUGUUGUUCGAUUAUUUUUUUUAGACUCUCACUGAAGGUGGCAUACAUCUUUUAUGUUAUUUUGAGUUAAUGGUGAAAACCUAUAGUCUACUAUUUUUAAAUCAAAGAAAGGCAUUGAUAAGGGAAUCAUUAAAGAAUUAAAUCUAUAAGUAGAAUCGAUAAUGGCAUCGAUAUCAAUAAAAUCUUAUUAAUUCCCAUCCCUAAUCUACAUGCAUGUCUGCCUUUUUACUUAAGUAUUUGUGCAAUCCGUAUGCCCUAAUUUCUUAUAUUACACAUGCAAAAAUAUGUUGAUUACAUUUUUCAUUUUUACAAAGCCCAAUUACAGUGCACUGUAGUAAUUCAUGGAUUCUUUAAAAUGCUUAAGUCAUAAAUAUGUUCCUCUUAUUUAAGAUUAUGACACAUUUGAUGAGGAGAUAUGGCUUGGGGUAGAGUGUUGCAUGGAUUAGCCAGUUUGGAGCAUCUGAAAACAAGAUGGAAAAUUGGAACAAGUCAAAAUAGUGUGAUGAUGAAGCACAGCCACAGCAUUUCAAUGAGCCUGUGUGGAUGUGGAGCAGGAGGUAAAUGCCAGCACCCUUCAUCUCACUGGCAGCGUUGCCAAACAGACUGAGAGGCUGUGAAGCCAUCCAAAUAGGAGCUUUCUCAUUAGCGACCAGCAUUUAUUAUGUAAAGUGUGACAGCUCCCAUGUGAUGUAGACACUGACACUAUCACAAAAUAUUCUGUUAUGAUCAAACAGCUGCUAGUCAGCCGCAUACAGCUGUAGCCUUGAGUGUUUACUGUUGGGUUUAGCUUUUUCCCUUAAAAAAAUCCUUUUGGCAUUAUUAUUUUACACGACUAAUCAUCACAGUUGAAGGGACUGUUGGAUCAGAUCUCAUUCUGAAUAUUUCUGACUUUUGACUUUGGCAUCCCGAGACUGACGGCUUUUGUCAACUUUCAAUUCCUAAAUUGCUUUGAAGAGGUAAAAGCCAAGUCAAAUCCUAUCAGCACAAAACGACUUGGACACCUUACUAAGUUACUCUAGAUUAAUGGGUGUUCAUACUUCUUUAUGUACAUGUCUGUUGGCAAAAUGGCGAUAGACUAGAUAUUUCAAUUUAAGACUGGGCCGUUUUGCUUCAGUUCGUUCACAUUUCCUUCAUUGAGACAUUGCUUGGCUUUCCUGAUAUUUAAUGAAGAGCAAUUAAAAGAUCGGAUGCUCAUAUGACUUAAAUUACAUGACUGGUUCACAAACCCAAGUCAAAUUUGAAGACUAAAAUGUAGUUUGAACUCCAGCCUUAAACAUUAGAAACAACUGGUUUAAAUGUUGUAUCUUGUUUGCAGGAUUUGAGUUCAACUAUAUCCUGUUGUAAAACAGAUUUGGCUUCUAGCCUUUGCUUUCCUUUCUACAUGAUCUGUUGUUCUCCAAUCAACCUUUUGCAAAUUCAGCUUGUGCUGAAUAAAGUUCUGUCUGCAAAGUUCCCUUCCCAUCAGAUUUUGUCUUUUGUUUGAGAUGUUUUGGGGGCAGAGGUUGCUCAACCAGGAGGGGUUUGGCUUGAGAACUUGAGAGCCACUUGUUCAAGUCCUGGUAUUAAAAUGGUUUUUGUCAUGGAGAGGUUCUAGUUCACGCUCUGGGAACUGCCCUUGAACAAAGCGUCCAACUAUCCAACAAUCUAAUCUGGAGUUUUAUAAAAAAUGACAUCUUUUCACAUGACUUGAUAUUUGACUUCAUGCUCUCCAACGUUUCAGAAAAGGCCUUGAGUCUAUUUUUGUUUUCAUCCUUAUCAAUUUUGAGAAAUGUGUCCGACCGCAGAUGCUGAUAAUAAAAUGCUAAGUCCUCUUCAGAUUUGUUCCACAUUUCGUACGAUUAAUGAGUAGCCUUUUGUGAAACUGCGCCACAAAUGUGUGUUUCUGAACUUCUUGAAGCCUCCACUGUGGUUUGAGGGAAUAAGUGGGGUGUGCACUGUGCAUGUUAUCAUUUUCAUUUUAGCAGUAAUUACAAUGGAUAAACACGCUGUUACUGUAUGAUAUUACUAGUACUCAGGCCCAGCACACAAACACAAACAAUUGAAGCACUGGAGUAAUGGAGAGCCACAGCAGGGCUCGGUAUAAUCGGCAACACUAGAGCCCGUGUGUACCCUCUGCGGCUCUGCUUUGUUUCUGAGUGCCCUCCAUUUCCACGUGACUCAUUGCACUUGCACCUGCCAAAUUGAUUGCUUCCCUGACACACUUUCCUUUGCAUUCUGCUCAAUAUGUAUGCCAAGGUUUAACAUAUCUUACAUAUGCAAGAUAUAAUGAUAUUCAAAGACGUACGCCUGUGGCAAAGCUGCUGCAAGUAUCUCAUUGUUCUACUCUUUGUUGUCAGAACGCUUUGAACAUGUUAACUUUGAAGUAAUUGUUAUUAAUGUAGAGACACCUGCAUGAUGUGGGUUAUGGGAUUUGCGGUUACAGGCUUGCGCACUAAUCUGAUUUGAAAGGAAAUAAAAAUCACAAUCAAUAUCACAAUUGGCAACUCUUGAGAAAAAUCCGUAACUGUUAUAUCUGUAUUUCACUUUUACAGUAUAUGAAUAUAGAUGCUGACGUAUUGGCAGGAUGACUGCAAACCAAAUAUACAUGGAACCUAGCAACAGAACAGCAAAGACCCACUUUGAUGCAUUCGUCAAAUCUGAUCAUUAUAGCACAUUUCAAAUCACUCCCGCACUUUUCUAUUGCAAAUAUGGAUACAUCUCAGAUUAAAGUUGCAGCCCAUGAUGGCGAGACCAAAUUUAGAGUCGCUGUGAAAUAGGUUUCUAAAGAGCCAAUCUGCACAUACUGUGAAAAGACACAUUCUGAUUCCAAAUGAACGUGCAUUUAAACUCCCAGGCGAUCUGUUCUGUGUUGCCACUGUGACGUGUCCAACUCUGGGAGAAGAUGCUCGGUCCAUUUGUGAGAAAAUUGUAGUAAUUCAAGCUGGGCUGCUUCUGUCACUUCUGCUGUUCUGUAGUGUUUCUCAUUUUUGUAGGACCGCGGCUGUGGAGAUGACAAGAUAGCAACAGAAUGCAAAUAAGGCCGGCAAGCUUACUCCACUGUGUGUCCAGAGGGACGUCACACACUUACAACCGUCUGAAUUUUGUUUCAUUCUCUUAAGUACUUCCCAGACCAGUCAUUUUUAAGGGUAAUGUCAAUGUUUAAAAGCUUAUUCCUGUUGGUGCAGGAUUGUUCUUUCAGGCAUAUAUUGGAUGAUUCUGUAAUAGAAAUCUAGGACAAAUAAUCUGUUAGAUGGGAGACAAAAACUUGUAUUCGAACCAUUAUAUUUUCUUUAUUAAGUCAGAAGAGCAUUGACCACUUUGGAGCAGAGAAACAGUCUUAUAUGGAGAACAAAAGAGGAAAAGUGCUAAUGAUCGACACUUAUUUAUCAUUUCAUUUAUAUUUAUCAACAGAUAUCUGCACCAUAGCUACUACCAAUUUAUCUUCCAACCCCUGCCUCGUGGCUUCACAGGUCAAAAAUUGAAGACUGAACAACAACAAGCACACACAGGGAAUGUCUCGGUCCAAAAAUGGUUUAUUGAUUAUCUGAUAACCACUGGCUCCUUUAACUCACACAAGAAAGUUCAGAAGAAAUAGGGUCCCACAUACUGGAUGUUUGGUCUUAUUGCUGAGGAUGUACUUUUAAGGCUGUUGACUGCAGGACUAAUAUAGGGAGGAAUUUAAUAGUUUUACAUACAGUAUAAGACAUGGUACUGGCUGUUGGUGUGAUAUUUUUGAUAGCAGCUAUGAUGUAAGAUCAGUGAAUUUGUAAUCCUUGGUUUAAAACAAAAGUUCAAGGUUUCUAUAUUGAUAAAAACGAAGAAAACUCAUUUCAAGACUUUCAAACUUUUCUGUGGUCUCCUACCCUUGGACCUAACUGUUUAAGCAGUGGCCUCCUCAUUCCUGUGGAUCAUUAUUACAGUAGACCUAUCUAUAACCCGGUACUCAAAAGGCUACGAUUUAGUAUGUAUGCGUGACACAUCCAGUGUCCAGGCUGCGCUUUUUGGAGAUCGUCGUGCGCUCUCUCGUGGAUUUUCCGGAUCAUUGUUCUCUCUUGUAGCGGGAAAAAAAAGCACAGCUCUCCGAUCAUAUAUGGGGGUGUUAGAUGCUCUGUCUGCGCGGCUGGCACCUGUUGCUUCUUCGCCUCAAGCUUCGACCUUUUAAAGGAUUUAACCACAGCGUCUGUAUUCCUCCUUCACUCCCGGACCAUGACGGAGCCAGAAAGUGACUCCAACUUCAGUCUGUACCAUUUCGGCAACCCCUCCACCAGAGUCCAGAGCAGCUUUGUAUCCUCAGGACCUAUGUUUGUGGUUUUGAUGGUGAUGAUGGUGUCACUGGUUGUAGUUAUAGUUCUUGGCAAUGCUCUGGUCAUUCUGGCUUUUAAAGUGGAUAAGAGUUUGAGGAAACAGUGCAAUUACUACUUCCUGAAUCUGGCGCUAUCAGACUUUCUUGUAGGUAAGUCCAGCUUGAAUCCUUUGAAUAUACCAGGUAAGUGUGUUUUAUGAAGUGCAAGGACUUUAACCUGUGAUGUUUAUGCUGUUUGAGUUAGUAUUGAAAAUGCAAAAGUCGAAAUUUGUUUGGAUUUUUCCUCUGCCUGUCAAUAUCCCAGAGGAUUCUUGUAGAUGUGCACCACUAAUAAACCCAUAUGACAUGUAAUAGUGAAAAUUAAGCACCUGACAAGGAGUUCACUUAAUGGGACCAACAAGAAAUUGAGUUGUUAAACAGUUUUACUUAUUUAGUUCCACUUUUCUUUUUCCGUUUCUUUGUUUUUGCUCCUUUUUUUUCUUUUGCAUAUUUUUAAGCGAAAAACAACAAUCUGCUUACUUACUACACUUGCUUCCUCCUCUAAAGUUUAAUGUGUUUCUCUUCAGUGGCAAUAAAAGCCAUCAAACAUUUAGACUGAAGUAGUUGCUCAUAACUCUUCAAUGUAGAAGAAUAGAAGAGCCUUGAAAGAGCAAAAUAAUGAGUAUCAUCUAUCAUUCUCUUUCCUUUAAUAAUGCAUGUUUUACAGCUAGGUGUAAAACUACACAAUAAUGUGCUAUGAUCUCCACUGAAACUUAAGGAGCAAGAAAAAGCUUUAAAAGUGAUUGUGCUGUAAAUGAAACUACCCUUAUCUGAGUGUCUGAUCCCUUUUUCCCAUACCUAUCUGUGUCUGCAGGUGCAUUUUGCAUCCCGGUCUACAUCCCGUACAUCCUCACAGGUCGGUGGACCCUGGGUAGAGGACUGUGUAAGCUGUGGCUGGUCAUGGAUUACCUGCUUUGCUCUGCGUCGGUUUUCAGUAUUGUUCUCAUUAGCUAUGACCGCUUCCUGUCAGUCACCAGAGCGGUGAGUCAAACAUCCUGAAUCUCACACACAAGAAAAGUCACUUUAGGAGUGUAACUCACUAGACAAACAUGUCAGAUACAUUUGAAAGAGAAUCUUAGAUUAAUUUUUUUGUGUAUCUUUAGAGUUAAUCACCAAUCUUGCUGGUAUUUCCCCCCUUAUUUUCACUACUUUGCAUUCAAGCCAUAUACUUUUCAAGCUUAAGAUGGGAAGCUCAUUUAUGGUAGUAUUAUUGUCCUGUUUUAGGGGUUUUACGAGUUAAAAUGGAAGGAAACAAAAGGUUGUUGCUGUUGAAUUGCCAAAUUAAAAGUUAUAACAUUUGAAAACUCAUUUCCUACCUUAAGACAACAGCUAAUGUUGCAUAUUAUUAUUAGGAGUUUAGUCUGACAAGCAUCUGCAUCUUAAACACCUGUGUGUCUAUGAUUCAGUGAUAACAGACAUAGUUUCCUCAACCAAAACACUGGAUAUUAGCAAAAGGAUUUUCAGUCUACAUGUCUUGUUAGUGAAAAAUAAUGAGGCAGUGACAUAAAGCGCAAUCAUAUUUAUCUGUACAAUAACCCUGAACUUAGCAUUGGUCGUUGUACAAGCUAACAGUAUUCGAGCUCACAAACACGAGCUUGUUGAAAGAGAAAGACAGCUUCCUUGCUUGAUGAAAAAGAUGAGACGAAAGAGCCCUUCUCCUUGUUGCAUACCAAUGUCCACUGCAUGAGCUACGUGGUUAAUUUCUGAUUGGUGAGUCUCCUUGGUCAUUGGUAGGGGCAGUGCCGCCUCAUCCUCCCAAAAGUGCCCAUCUGUAGAGGUUAAUCCAUCCUGACCCAUUCAGGCCUGGUGCCACCCCUAAUUAUAGCCCUUGCCCAUGAUGAAGAUAGAAAAAAGUCACAUUUUUGACUUUGGGACACACAGAAAAAAUCAACACAAGAGGGUUUAAAUUUCAAUUUAACGAUUAACCACACAAAGUGCUUAAUUUUACACUUCAGCAGAUUUCAAUGGUUUAAUUUAGGUCCAUGAAACUGCUUUAUUUUCUGAUACACAAUGGUGUAGCCUCAGUGAUGUCGAUUUUCUAUUUUCUGCCUGUCUUAGCUCAAUAAAGCAGUUUAUAUCUCCAAGCCUCUUCAGCUGUUUGACCCAUUGAGCCUUUUGUUCAGGCUUUUCUGUGUAUUCGCCGGCUGACUGUACCCUACACACUUGUGUGUUAACUCAAAGGUGGAAUGAGGUUUGGCAUGGCAGACAAAGAGAGUGUUCUGUUUCCUUUCACAAGCAAACACUUAACAUCAGAGCCCUGAAUACAAAUAACACCAGAGAGAGAGAGAGCCUCUUCUUUAAUUAGCUAGCUUUGAUCAUUGAGAUCCUCCUCUGUACCAACGUCCUUCCAACCUGGAGAGAUCAAUCAGAGCCCAAACAGGCCACCGGCAGCCAAGAAGCUUUUUCCUAAAAGCAUUUCCCUCUGAACAUCAGAAUACAAAGGAGUAUCGACAGCCACAGGACAAAGUUUGUCCUUUGAAAGAAAAGAUUGCAUCACAUUAGAUGUAUAUAUCUUCUCGUUGGAUGACAUGUUAGCACGUUAACUAAACGCUAACCGCUCAGUGUUUAUGUGGAAAUAGUUUAUUCAGUUGGUAAACUAAAACAAAUCCUCAAAGCUGGAAAGAUCACGUUAAACAACAUUUUUAAUCAUGUUGGAAGCAUUGUUUUGUUGGUAGGUAAUUCAGAGUAGGAGUAUGGAGUAUGUUUCCUACUGAACAAGCAUCUUUACAGGUCAGCCUCAACUCUCAUCCUCUCUUAUUUCUGAUGCCUCUGGUGCCAACAACUCGUCUCUUCUCUCUCUGUCAAAUUCUUCUGCUUUUUCUAAAACAUAAAUGCAUCCGUCUCUCAAAAGCUGUUUUAUCUUUUAUGCCCCAUGCAGUUAAUGUUUUAUUUCAUUCUCAGUUAUGGGCUCACUGGUGUCCCUGGGUUUGAAGGGCUUCACUGUUUCACAGGAUGAUUGGGCAGACAGGUUCAUUUAAAUCUUUGUCCUCGGGUUGAAGCCUGCCCUCCAUCUUUAUUGAACCACUGUGCUUUUAUCAAUUUAAGGACAUUGGUGUUGCACAAAAUGCUCACUGAGUACUCUUUACUUAUCCAGAAUACUUCCUUUCUACACGUUUUUGACUCAAAUGUAGAACAAUUUCAUAUCCCAGUGUUAAGUUGAUUGCUUUGUUUCUAUAUAGAUCAGUAUUUGACAUUUGAACCAUCAUACUAGCUCAUGUAACAUCUUUCAGGGUAACUGCAUGUAAGUGUGUUCAAACAGGCUCUUACAUAAAGUACCACAUGCACUUGAAUGCAUCUCAAAAGAUCUAAUUUUAGAUGAAAUAGCGCUGACAGAGGCUGCUCUUCCUGCAUGAUAAAAGCUUUAACCUUUUAAUUCUAUGCAAACAUGUUACAGAAUAAUAUUGUGUUCUGAAUGUUCAAUGUCAAGCUACUAUACUAAGUGCUACUGCUCUUUUACUUGAGGGGAAAAAUCUCAAUACCUCCUCCUGCAUUGCAAUUAAAUGAACCUUCUCACCCUCUCAUAACUAACCACAGUGUACUUAAUGGGAAAAAAAAUGCUUUUUGCCCUUUAAAUAUGUCCACAUUAAUGGUUGCAUGCAGCAAUUGCACAUAAAAUUGCUUGACCCUUUGCUGGAAGUGUUACUCUAAGUAUAUUUUCUGACUUAUGCUUACAUUUACUGCAGGUGAGUUACCGUGCCAGGCAGAGCAUGACUCAUCGAGCCAUAAUCAAGAUGAUUGCUGUCUGGGUGCUGGCCUUUGUCCUGUAUGGCCCAGCCAUCAUAUUCUGGGAGCUGGUGGUGGGCAGGAGCCGCGUGCCAGAGGACGAGUGCUUCGCCGAGUUCUAUUACUCUUGGUACUUCCUGCUGAGUGCCUCCAUGUUGGAGUUUUUCUCCCCUUUCAUCUCUGUGGCAUUCUUCAACCUCAGCAUUUACCUAAGCAUACGCAGGAGGAGGCUCCACAGCAGGGAGGCGCAGCUUCAACUUCAACUGAGCGAACCAACCACUGCCCAGGGGGAAGGUGUCCCCCUGUCCCACAACACAGGCUUUGGGAUGAAACUGGCUGUAGGAGGCUCCAUCCACUCUCAGACCUCUUCUCCCAGCUUGGGUAAACUCGAUCCCUCGACCAGCAGGGCGGCCCAGCCCAGCCGUCUGUCCAGGGAUAAGAAAAUUGCUAAGUCCCUGGCUGUCAUAGUGUGUGUGUUUGCCAUCUGCUGGGCACCGUACACCCUACUGAUGAUCAUCCGUGCCGCCUGCAGAGGGCGGUGCAUCCAGCAUCACUGGUACGAGGUCACCUUCUGGCUCCUGUGGCUCAACUCUGCCAUUAACCCGUUCCUGUAUCCGCUUUGCCACAGCAGCUUCCGUAGGGCCUUCAGCAAGAUCCUGUGUCCGAGGAAACGCACUGCUCCUUCAUCUGUGUUUCGUGCUGGACAGUGAUGACAGAUAAAGGCGUGUUGGACCAUGUGUGCCAAACCUUUGGAUAAAAACGUUAAAAUAUACGGCAGUCAUAAAGACCAUUUACAGAAGUUUUUAUUCAGUUCAGUUUUUGAAUGUGUUAUUGGUUGUUAUUGUAAGGUAUAUUUUUGUCAGUUUCUAAUAGAAUAAUUAAGCGAAAGAAGAAGGAUAUCAAUAAACUCAGUGUGAUAAAUUACACGUCAGUUUUUAUAUACUAUAAGUAAGUCUAAAAAUGCUGUUCUGCUCAUAUAGUCAGAGAAAAAAACUGUGAAAAAGACUGAAACAGACCCAUCUCUUCUGAUCUGUGUAUUAAUACCAUGCAGACCAUCUAAAGUGCUAGCUUUGUACUAAAUGUAAAUGUGUAGAAUGUAGAAUUAAUGUGAAAGAAUCUGCUUAACUUGACUAAAUAUUGUUUUCUUUGUCCAGUUCUGUGGGUCGUGUGAUACGUGAUACGCUUCAUGUUAUUAAGCUAGUUGAAUGUUAUUGUUGAAUUAUAAUCAGACCGAUUGUGUCGUUUGCUGUAACAAAGUUUACUCUCAAAAUAUUUUUGAAGCACAGUAAUUAAGGAAACACCAAGUGCCAUUAUUACAUGUAAAUGUGAGUUCAAUGUAAUGUGCAAUUUCACUUUAAUGUUGAGUUUCUCACUUUCUGGGGCGUAUUCAGCAUCUUAGUUUACUUUAUUUGCACGCGUUAAAAAGACAAUGGAGUAAUAAAAGCUUAAAUAUAGUGAGGAGGAGGAUAGAAACCCUAAAAAGGCUUAUGAAGAUGCCUCCUCUCUGGGAAAAGCAAGGGUUAUAAAAAGCAGCAAUAUGGGUUGGUUGAAAAGAGGAACAGCUGCAAAGCUAGAUAUUAAUAAACAUAAUCCUUUACAAUGAGAUCCAAGACUGUUAAAUUAGUGGUUUAUACAAUAGGUGUGUAAUCUAGUUCUUUGCACACUUGGUACAUCAUUUACAAAGUUGUCACUGUGUACCAAAAUGAAAACACAGCCUUUAAUUGUACAGUGUAAAUGUUCAUUUUUAUUUACGACUGUUAUUAAAUUAUAUAUGAUUCUUG